CAAGAUAUCCACGUACCCCUUACAAGCCCUCAAUUCCCCCAAACUGACAUCACAGGGCGUGGAAAUAGGGGGUUUCCGCUCACCCGCCUCAUCACAUGUCCGCCAAGGCUAUGUGUAACCCUGGCCAUCAUAAUGUGGGGAUAGACACGCGCCCUAGGCUUCUAUCAUUAUUGGUAAUAGCCAUACUGUGGUGCUUAAAAUGGCGAGGAAGGACAUCGAGUGCUCCCAGGAUACCAAAGUCUUUCCAAUUGCACCAGGAAAUACUUUAGCAAAGCCUUCCUCAGCAAAGCCUUGAUUCCAUAUCCCCAUCGCCCAAAUACACCCAGUCUUCCAUUCGAUCCAUCGCAAUGUGGUUCCUACUCUCCGACUUCUCCACCCGCAAAGGAGGUGAUAUCAAACUAGGAAUAGUGAUCGAGCAUCCCUACCGACCGACUAGCAACCUAGCCUCCGAGGGAAAUGGUCUGCCGGCUGAUCUUGCCCUACCACCGAUGGGAUGCUUCAUCGAACGCCAUCACGAACACCCCAAGCAUGGAGAUAUCCCCGUCAUGACCAGAGUAUGGAAUGCUUUCCUCGAACGUGUGGUAAAGAAGGCGCAGGAGAAGAAGCCUCCGACUGAAGAAGUCAGAUUCGACAGAGUGGACCAAGAAGUAUGGACAUUCGACCACGAGCUUGACGAGAAAUGCAUGAAAGACAUUGUGGCUGUGCCCAAAGUACGAAAGUACAUGAAAUCUGGCCGCAGAUCUGUCUAUGUCAUCACCGCUGUCUGGAUCACCCAUACGCCGUUGAGGAAGGCUGUGAGACCUCUUCCCAAUGUGUCGGGCGAGGCUUCGAGCGGACAGACUGGAAGCACGGCGGGAGCGGAAGGAGGUGGACAGUCCACAAAUGCAGGGAAUGAUUUGUAUAGAAGGUAUAAGCAUCAGUCGGGAAUUGUGCUUGGGUAUCGUACACAUAUGAUCUAUAUGGAUGGUUCUGAUGUCAAGUGUGUGGAACCUGGGGGUUCGUCGGCAGAACGCGAACAAGCCAUUGGAUGCCCGGAUUCACUGUGUUUGGGUAGAUGAUGGGGGGUUUCUGUAUUGCUUGUCUGGUGAAGUGAUUCGCUUGAGAUGCUCUAAAGCGUUGGUCUACCGUCUUUAUCUCAUUCACGAUCGCGCAGAGCCUUUGGUAGUUAGUUCGCUGAUUGGUAGAAUCUGACGGAGUUGAAAAGUAUCCGAUUUCCCACUAAG